AUGACGACAUUGAUUCUGUCCCUCGGCGUCGUCGUGUGCCAUCCUGCCGGCCCCAGCGUUGUCGGGCCCAUCAUAUCGCCUCGUCGUUGCACGAAGGUUAAGAAGGGGGUCGGAUACCGAGCACAACAACGGGCGCAGAAAAGCCGUUCUCGUGAAUUGAAUAACGAGCUUGUGUCAUUUCAACUCAAGGCUCGCCAAAAUGAACAAAAGAUCAUUCGGAAACUGGCCGCAAAGUUCAAUACUCGGGUAGGAGCUGUGGAGCGCAAGCUUCAGAGCUCGCAAAACUGGAAGAAGCAGCGGAGAACGUCGAAACGAAGCGCCUUGCUGGGAUAUUACACCCGAAGCGUCAAUGCAGAAAGAGCCGCUGCAGGCAAAUCGCCCAUAUCGUACAUCACUCUCCAAGCACGGGUCAAAAAACACCCGGAGCUCCUCGACUUUGGUCCUGAAAAGACUGAAGAAAUUGUUGCAGAAUAUGAGGCUCGUAAAAAGCUCAAAGCAACUGGAACCCGCGCGACUGCGCUUGGAGAGGCGAAGGAUGUAGAUGGGACGGCCAAGGUUAUGGGCAAGCUCAUGACCAAUCUCAGAAAACGGACGCAUGCUGUUUCGUUUGGCCUGGUGGCGCCUACUGAUCGCAAGAAUACCCUGACAAUACCGGCAAUAGUCGAUGCUGGCGGCGCACGCUACAUGUAUGACCGACAUGGAAUGACAGAGGCCGAAGUUGCGAAGGAUUUUGCAGACUGGGCAAUGAGCUUAGGGAAAGGGGUUGACCGUAUGUCAACGACACAAUUGCGUCAAUACUGCACGAAGUUCAUCAAGAAUGGCCUUGCUCACACUGCCGGCAAAGAAACCCGCAUGAAUUACGACAACUAUCCCAACGCUAUCAUCCUCAACCUUCGCGUCCAUCUCGUUGGCUGGCCGGAGGGGUGCCCCUGGAUGUCACCAUCAGCUAUAAGCACAAUCAGCCAACUCCGCUGUCUAGCACGAGCAAUCAACCAAAAGGAAUGCUAUUGGAAGGAGGUCGAGUCAGACGAGGAGCAGGAGCAAAUUGAGAAGGAAUACGCAGACCUAGUCGAGGCUGGAAAGCGCCCUACUCCUACUGGGCAAUCCCGGGCCACUCGUUCUGACAAAGGCAGAAAGCGAGGAAAGCAGAGGAAAUCGGCAGCAGUCGAGGAGCAUGAUUCGCGGGAUGAGACGAGCCCAGACGAGCGCGAAAGUGAGGAUGAGGGUAGAGAUCGGGGUCGGGGUCCAGGUCGUCAUAAAUCGUCGCGGCCUACUGCCACUGCAAAGGCGAAUGCUGCCGCAAAGGCAAAGAAAACAAAGGCAAAGAAAGCAUCAAACGCUACCUCACCUAUUCCUCUUCGACGCUCCUCUCGCCAGGCCGAAUCCUCCAGGCUGAAACGCAAACGCCGCGAGAGGACAAUGCCGAAAAUAAUGAGCCGCGCCCGAAAGAAGCACAAGUCAAACAAAGCAUAUCGAAACCUUCUCAAGCAGAUGAACAAGUCAAAGGGAGGAACUGGGCUCCCGAAAACGACAACCUCUGCAGCGAUGACAGUGGCAGCAACGGCAGGUGCAUCAUUGACAUCAGCGGAGAAGAAAAAUGUUGUCAAAGGGAAGAAGGGAGGUCCGCCUGGUCAUCGGGCGUAA